AUGCCACAGCAAGAAGGACACGGGUUCCUGUAUGAAACCUCCGGGGUCCGGCCGCGGUUCUCCCGGCAGGUCGCCUCCUUUGGUGCUUCCCCCACGACCCCCACCCGAUUUGCCCUGGAAGGCGUCCACGUGCUCGUCAUCUCCCCGAGCGACCGUGACCUGAAGGACGCCAUGCAGGAGGCCCAGGGGCAGCAGUUCGUGUAGCGAGGGUCCCCAUCCCCGUCGGCUCAGCAGGAAAUCUGCACGUGCGUCUUGAACCAGUUUGGCUACUGCUCCCCUGCUCACCUUUCCCUCUCCUGCAGGGAGGGCUUUUCCUGGGAUGGCUCAGCCGUCUUCCCAGAACCACCCGUCAUUAGGAUAUAUCCCGGCACGAUUCGUCCCAUCUCUCGGCACAUCAGAUACUACGCCAUGGCCCUACUGAACAACGUGAAGGAGAGGGCCGCCUGGUUCCGAACACCACACGUCCUCUGGCCCUGGGACUGUGACAAGCAGUUCUUCAACGCCUCGCUCCAGUUCACCAACAUGGACCCUCUGAUGGAAUUCAUCAACUCUAACUCCGCCUCCAAGCUUGGCAUCUCUGUGGAGCAUGCCACACUGGCUGACUACUUCCGUGCCAUGCACACUCACAAUGUCACCUGGAACAUCCACGACCGGGACUUCCUGCCCUAUUCCUCAGAUCCAUUUCAGGCCUGGACCGGCUUCUACGCAUCCCACAGCGGGCUCAAGGGGCUGGCGAGGCGAGUCAGCACACUGCUGUAUGCCGGGCAGUCCGUGUCCACUCGCUACGUGUGGCCGGCCCCCCAGCAGCACCUGGGCCUGGACCGGGCCCUGAAGCAGCUGCAGUGGCCCCCUGGGCGGUCUCCGAGGCAAGUGCAUGUGGACGUGGGCCAAGGCAAGGACAGUGACAGUGUUCAGCUGGGGGCUUCAGGAAGCUUUCGGGCCAAAUUUAUGCAGAAGGUAAAGGGCAAGACGGGGCUCAAUCCCAGCUCAGCCGUGUGGCCUCAGGCACCUUUGCCCUCGCUGAGCUCAAAUUUGUCCCAGUGCAGCGAGAGCACGUGGCCACCCCAGGCUGAUCCCGUUCCCACCUUGGUACAGAGGCGGGAGGGUGCCUGGAGCAUCCCAGCAGCUUUUAUAGGAAGACUGGGCGGCAGAGACGAACCUGGGACGGGACCCAUCCAGAUGUCUGUUUCUUGCCCGAGCCAGGGGACUCAGGCAGUGGGUGUCCACAAGGUCACCAGCCCCUCUGAGACUCAGUUUCCUCUUGUGAGAAGUGGGAGGGACCCUCACCUUCUCCACAGGCACCUGGCGAGAGGGAAGGAGAGCCAGCACCUGGGAGGUGAGCGGGUGCUCUGGAGAGGCGGGUCCCGAUCCCACGCUUCCCCUACUCAGGUCAGGCUACGGGUGCAGCACCACGACGCCAUCCCCGGGACUGAGACGCCCAAGGUGAGGGACAUGUACGUGGAGAAUCUGAGCGCGGGGAUGCACGGCGUGCACAAGCUGAUGGCCUCCAUCGUCCAGGACAGGACCCCAGCCCACUCAGACCCAGAACGCGGGGGACACGUUGUCAUGGUCUUCAACCCCUUGGCCUGGACGGUCACCACCAUCAUUACCCUGACUGUGGACUCCUCCUGGGUCAGCAUCACCGAUGCGUCAGGCCACCCGGUGCCUGCACAGGUCCAGAAAUCAAGGGAGAAACAACCUACAUACGACCUGCAUGUGCUGACCACCUUGGGCCUCAGUUACCGGCACUACGGCAUCAGGAGCACCAAGGGGGCCCAGACGGGCAUCCACGAACCAGUUGCCACCAUAGUUAGUUCCACCCAGUUUGGGCGCAGGCCGUGGGCGUGCACUGGUCCAGGGAUCAGGCACCUGUUGCGGGUGAAGAAUGACAUUAACACCGUGUUCCUGGACCGUGACACCAACCUGAUGCACAGCAUGUGGAAGAGAGAGAGUAACCGCAACAAUGAUACGGAUCUGCAGCCCAUUUCUAAUAACUACGCAUCUGCACCCAAUGAGACCGCGAAGCGCCCCCGGAAACCAGUGGGAAUGCAGAUUGUGGCGGGGGAGCUCAGGACCGAGAUCCGGCAGUACCCCUACAGGAGGGUGAGGGACACGGAUCACACAUAGGCCAUCUACUCCCGACUCGCCCACGUCCCACGCAGCCACGGUGGAGAGCUGCUCUGCCGUCGCAUCGAGCGGGGCGGGGGGGGGGGGGGGGGGGGAGGGCCCUUGCAGCUGAACCGCGAGGCCAUCCUGAGGACCAGCGCCAGUCUACACAACCGCCGGGUCCUCUCCUCGGACAACAGCGGCUGCCGGAUGCAGCGGAGGCACUUCCGGAAAUACACGAACAACAUGAACGACAUCACUCGGAAUCACUACCCCGUGGUUCAGUCCGCCUUCCUCGAGGACGACAGAAGCGGGCUCGUGCUGCCCUCCCAGCAGGCACGCGGCGACUCCAGCCAAGGGAACGGGCACGUGGAGGUCAUGCCCCAUCACCGGCUGUGGAACAAUUUGAACUGGGGUCUGGGUACCAGCCUCAUGCUGAACGACACCUCCGUCGUCUUCCCUGUGCUCUGGCCGCUGCUGGGACCCCGGCCCCUCACCACGGGCCUGAUCCGGGGGGGUGGGUAAGCGCAGCAGCGAGAGCUGAACAGUA